AUGAAUUUGGCACAAAGACUCACUCUUUUUGGGUCCAUAGGAAGUGUUUUGGUGUAUAAUGCCUUACUCCUGUGCUACCUUGUGGCAGCAAAGUUUAAAGAGCCGAUUCUCAAAUUCUGUGGACUGGCUUUCUUUUCAAUUAGCUGUAUGACGAAUCCUAUCAUGCUGGCACUUGCUACGAAGGACGGCUCAACAUUCUCGUCUCAAAAGUAUACUUUAAGACUGCUUAUUUUCUUUCCUCUGUCUAUUGUCCUUUCGAAUACCUUUUUGGCUCUGAACCCAAUUAUCAUGCAGAAACUGAUGCUUAUCGUCGGGGUGACUGAUUUUAGCAAGGUGGUAUACUCUGUUUUUUAUCUUUAUAUAUACCAUUUAUAAUUAUUUGAUAAAUUGAUUCCAUUAGUAAAUAGAACAAUAGUAUACUAGCUGAAAAUUAAGAUAAAUGGGGAUAGGAAAAUUGUGCUCAACUGGAAUUCUCGAUGUUUUUUGCCAAUUCUUUAUUGUCGGAUCAAAUCUAGAAAGAGAUGGCAUUAAUGCAGAAGAGCCCCAAAUUUAUUUAUUGGCUCUUUUGAUAUUAUCAAUUAUUUUGAUUUUUUUAAGCCUCUGCUGCUGCACUGAUGUAGUAACAGCUUAUUUGGAGCAGUAUCAGCCGUUAAAAAAUGUCAGAGAAAAGCUAAUUCCAGGUAUUAAAAAUUAUUCUAUAGAAAUGAAAGAAGAAAUGUGUGCUAUCUGCUUACUCCUCCAUGUUAAAUUGAACUACCAUUACCAAUUCCCAGAAAACUGUGAAUUAGCCCCAUCCUUGAUUAACGAUUUUCUUAUAGGAACAAAAGAAACUCACUCCCCCACCUCAAAUAUAACUUCCUAUUUUUGAUAGUAAUGAAUCUUAGAGAUAAUACUUUACAACGCAAUUUUCUAGCAUAUUUGCUUAUAUAUUGCAUACUCUAUCUUUGUGAUCAGCAAGUAAAAAUUGUAUAGAAUUUUAAAAUUAACUUAUGAAAAUUUUAUAUUUUUCAGAUAUAAACCCUUGAUCGAACGAUAACGAUCUGUAUGAUAAAUUUAGAAGUUUUCUCUGUAGGUCAAAAAAUAGGAGCAUUAAUCGGCUGCCAGCACAUUUUCCACGAAUCCUGCUUGAACAAGUGGCUUGGGUACAAAGAAGUCUGUCCAAUCUGCAGAAAAGAAACCCCAGCUGGGCUGUAA